UCAUCUGCUCUCUGACCAAAGUCGAGAAUCCCCCAAAUUCCCAAAACACAGAGAGAGAGAAAAUGGGGAGCGAGGCGACAAAAGUGAUGGUGGCGGUGAACGGUUCGACGAUAAAAGACUACCCUCACCCUUCGAUCAGCAGCAAAAGAGCUUUCGAGUGGACUCUGGAGAAGAUCGUCAGGUCCAACACUUGUGACUUCAAGAUUCUCUUGCUCCAUGUCCAAGUCGUCGACGAAGACGGUUUUGAUGAAGUUGACAGCAUUUAUGCUUCCCCUGAUGAUUUCCGAAACAUGAGAGAAACUAACAAGGCUAAAGGUCUUCACCUUCUCGAGUUUUUCGUUAAAAAAUGUCAUGAGAUUGGGGUUGCUUGCGAGGCCUGGAUUAAGAUUGGUGAUCCCAAGGAUGUAAUUUGCCAAGAAGUGAGCCGAGUCCGACCAGAUUUUCUGGUUGUCGGAAGCCGUGGUCUUGGCCGCUUUCAAAAGGUCUUUGUGGGGACUGUGAGCGCGUUCUGUGUGAAACAUGCCCAGUGUCCAGUUAUGACGAUCAAACGCAACGCCGAUGAAACUCCCAGUGAUCCAGCUGAUGACUAAGAAAACAACAACGUCCUUUCUUUGAUUUAUUGCAGAGAGUGCUUUUGUGUGUACAAAAAUACAAAAUUCAUACCCCUAUCCCUAUAUACAUGUGAUCUGUGUAUGUCUGUAUGUGUGCAGCCUGCUACUUUUUGGAAUUGGCUUUCAAACUGAAACAACUACUACUAUAUAUUUCAUUUCUAUA